GGUGACCAGACACCAAAAUUCUUUUAUCGGCAACCUCCAGGGCUCCAGACGAGGGAGGAAGACACGACUGACAGAGUUCGAGAUUUGGGAGGAUGGCAAUGGCGACGGCGCUCCGGAGGCUCUCUUCGUCUGUUGCGAAGAAGCCGCUUGCGCCACCAAUAUCAUCACGGGUCUCCCUCUAUUUCAUGUCUUCUCUCCCGAGCGAAGCCGUCCACGACAAGGACAAGUCUCGCAUCACGUGGACGAAGGUGUUGAAUGAGCCGCUGGAGGUUGUGGAUCCGGAGAUUGCAGACAUCAUUGAGCUCGAGAAGGCCCGACAAUGGAAGGGUCUUGAGCUCAUACCCUCCGAGAAUUUCACUUCUGUGUCCGUGAUGCAAGCGGUAGGAUCAGUCAUGACUAACAAAUAUAGUGAAGGCUACCCCGGUGCGAGAUACUAUGGUGGAAAUGAGUACAUUGACAUGGCUGAAUCAUUGUGUCAAAAGCGUGCCUUGGAGGCAUUCCGUCUGGAUCCUGCAAAGUGGGGCGUGAAUGUUCAGUCUCUUUCUGGUUCUCCUGCUAAUUUCCAAGUAUAUACUGCGCUUCUUAAACCACAUGAGAGAAUCAUGGCUCUUGAUCUUCCCCAUGGUGGGCAUCUUUCACACGGCUAUCAGACUGAUACCAAGAAGAUAUCUGCUGUAUCUAUAUUCUUUGAGACAAUGCCAUAUAGAUUGAAUGAAAGCACGGGAUAUAUUGACUACGACCAGCUCGAGAAAAGUGCAACACUUUUUAGGCCAAAGCUAGUUGUUGCUGGAGCUAGUGCAUAUGCACGACUUUAUGAUUAUGCUCGUAUACGAAAGAUCUGUGACCGGCAGAAAGCUGUACUCUUGGCAGAUAUGGCCCACAUUAGUGGUCUGGUUGCUGCUGGUGUCAUUCCGUCACCAUUUGAAUAUGCAGAUGUGGUGACAACUACAACCCACAAAUCACUCCGUGGACCUCGUGGGGCUAUGAUCUUUUUCAGGAAAGGGUUAAAGGAGAUAAACAAGCAAGGUCAAGAGGUCCUUUAUGACUAUGAAGAUAAGAUCAACGCGGCUGUAUUCCCUGGACUUCAAGGUGGUCCACACAAUCAUACUAUAUCUGGUUUAGCUGUUGCACUCAAACAGGCAACUACUCCAGAAUACAAAGCAUAUCAAGAACAAGUUCUUUGUAAUUGUGCAAAAUUUGCUCAGAGCUUGAUUGAGAAAGGAUAUGAGCUGGUUUCUGGUGGAACAGAAAAUCAUUUAGUCUUAGUUAAUCUUAAAAACAAGGGAAUAGAUGGCUCCAGAGUUGAAAAGGUGUUAGAGCUGGUUCACAUUGCAGCUAAUAAAAACACUGUUCCUGGUGAUGUGUCUGCAAUGGUUCCUGGGGGCAUCAGGAUGGGAACCCCGGCUCUGACAUCAAGGGGAUUUGUUGAAGAGGAUUUUGCAAAAGUUGCUGAAUUUUUUGAUACCACUGUUAAAUUAGCCCAGAAAAUCAAGGCUGAAACAAAAGGUGGGUCAAAGUUAAAGGACUUCCUAGCAACUAUUCAAACUGAUGCUAAUAUUCAAUCUGAGAUUGCAAAAAUCCGUCAGGAGGUUGAGGAGUUUGCUAAACAGUUUCCCACCAUUGGUUUUGAGAAGGAGACAAUGAAGUACAAGGAUUAAUAAAGAAGCAUAUAAACUAACAGCAAACAUGGUCGUCCAGUUCAUGGGAUGUCUGUUUCAAAACACUUGCCAUGUGUGCUGUUUUUACAUGCAAGGGGCAGUUGGCAUCACCUUGUCAUUGUGUAGUUAUUCAUAAAGCUGGACAUACAUUACUGACCAGCACAAGACCACACAAUUCUGUGCAUUCCAUCGCAGGAAGGCCGUCCAUGUACCUCUUCUCUUUUUGCUCCUUUUCUUUUAUGUUUUUGUUAUGAUGCCUAGAAAUCCUCAAAAGAAAGUUGUAUUGGAUGUUUUGCUGAAUAAGCCUUCUGCUUACUGUGUAUCUCGUAAGUAUCUCUCUUCAGAUUACCCAUACUAAUCAGUUUU